UGAUUCUCUCAGAAUUCUCCCUGUCAGCACCUGACCUUAUCUUCCCACAGCAGCUGAUUGGCCGGUUUGGCUUGGUAUCAAAACAUAAACUGCACCUACCAGUUGGCAGUGUCUCAGUCGGGCAUGAUGUCUCCACAGGGUGUCUUCAGCUGUCUUUAUGUGCUGCUACUGUCUGCUGCAAUCAGAACAGUUGAGCCAACGGUCAAGCUGAGGUCCCUGAAGCAUUUUGUGAGCACGUACUCGGCCAUGCUGAUCUGCAGCGCCUACAACUUCUACCCCAAACACAUCAACAUCACCUGGCUCAGAGACGGGCAGAGGGUGACGGGCGGCGUGACCUACACCGAGGAGAUGGCCGAUGGAGACUGGUACUACCAGAGCCACGCCUACCUGGAGUACGACCCCAAACCCUGGGAGAACAUCUCCUGCCUGGUGGAGCACGCCAGCUUCAAACAGCCCAGGACCUACCAGUGGGAUCCAUCACUGCCCGGGUUUCAGAAAACCAGAAUCGCUGUUGGAGCCGCUGGGCUUCUGCUGGGGACAGUGACCGCGACUGCUGGACUCAUCUUCUAUUUGAGACACCGCAGAGACCCGAUUUCAUAUUAAGAGCAAGAGGAGAGUGGACGUACCUUAAUAAUAACACACCAGUCUGUGGAAGACUGAAGAACAGUCAUCGACAAAUAAGGACAAAAGGAUAAAAUAAUCAGUACUGUGUUCUUCUCGAUUUUUUUUUUGAUUCUGUGCCAUUUAUAAGCCUAUCUGUCUUAUUCUGUGUG